AUGUAAACAACAAGAAUUGAAAAUUUGGAAUCAAAAUAUUUUGAAGAUUAGUCUAACAAAGAAACUUAGCCAAUAAAUCCUUGUAAAUAAACAAGUAGAUAAGAUAAUAAAAUCUAAAUUUUACAAUCUUUAUAAUUUUAAACCAAUAAGAAAAGAAAAGACACGCAAAGACGUCAUCUUUACAUUCAAAAAUUCUUAAACAAUAUUUAAGUUGAGAAAAAGUAAUAUAAAAAAUUGAACGAAUUUCAUUUAGAUAUAAUAAAUGAUAAAGGUAGUUCAUAAUUAGAAAGAGAAGAAGUAUAAGUAAAUAGUAAUAACAACAGAUGGUUUAAAAAUGUAUAAGAGUCUAUAAAUAAAAUUUUAAACAGAAUUCCUUUAAUAUAUCCUCAGACUAAAUAUAAAACAUUAUUAAAUAUAAUAGCAGUGAUUACAAGAUUAUACUUUGCAUUUGUAAUUCCUCUAGAUCUUGGAUGGUAGGAUAAAUCGUUUAUAUUUUAUGAUUUUAAAGUAAUCUCAACAAUAGCACUUUUAAUAAUAAUUUUAGAUUUGAUUAUAAGUUUGAAUACAGCAUAUUAUAAGGAUGGUUAGCUUGUUACAAAUAGAAGUGAAAUACUUAAACAUUCAUUAUUCAAUUCAUUUGGAAUGUAAUGGUUUUCAGUGUUAUUAUUGAUAAUAUUUUUAUUUUUAUCAUUUUCUGGAAAGGCUGAUACAGGAGCAAAAGAUACAAUAAGUAAUUUAUUACUUGUUUUAUUUUUGGUUCAUUUCAAACCAAUAAUCACAAUAGUUAAUUAUUAUGAAGAAAAUUUCAAUUUCAAUAAAUAAAUAUAAUCUUGUUUAGAAUUAGUGAAACUUUUAUUUGUGUUAUUCUAUUCUAUUCAUUUUUUUUCAUGUAUUUGGAUAUUAGUUGGUAGUUAUGGUGUAGUUAAUUAUGAAAAGAGUUGGCUUUUAUAAGUAGGAAUUUCUGAAUAAGAAUGGUAAAUACAAUAUUUAUAUGCUUUUUAUUAUUCAGCUGUAACUAUUUUUACAAUAGGAUAUGGAGAUAUUACUCCAUAAUCUUCAGCUGAAAAAGUAUUAGCUAUUACUUAUAUUAUUGUAGCUAGUAUUCAAUUACCAUAUAGUGUAAGUACUGUUGGAACUAUUAUCUAAUAGAUUACUGGAUAUAAGGAAGAAAAAAAAAGAAAGUUAAGAAUUAUUAAUUCAUAUCUAAAUCAAUAAUAGAUUAGUAAAGAUUUAUAAAUUUAAGUAAGAGAAUAUUUAACAUAUCGAUGGGAUAAUGAAUAACUUAAUAAAGAAUCAGAAGUAGAUGAGAUUAUUAAUUAGUUAUCCUAAGAUUUACAUGAUUCUUUAAUAACUGAAUCAUGUUCAUAACUACUUAAAAAAUGUAAACUUUUUAAAUUAGGCUUUUCUCUUAAUUUCAAAACUAAUCUAGUUAAACAUGCUAAGCAAAUUUAACUUUAACCUGAAUAAGAAUUAAUUAUUAAUAAUUCAUCAGACAUUAAUUUCUAUUAUAUAACAUAAGGAUAAUUAUAAUUUCUAUUAAGUAAUGGAUAAAAAUUAGGAGUCAUAAAUUAAGGAAAUUCUAUUGGUUUACAUAAUUUUAUUAAUCCAAAUUUAUCAGAAGAAAAAUACUCAAGUAUAGGUUUUUCUAAAUUAAUUGUUAUAGGAUAAAAACAAUUCCUUAAACUUCUUUAAGAAUAUCCUUAGGAUUAUGAAAUCUAUUGUAAAAUUAAAGAAGAUUUGGUAUUUUCAUCAUAAAAAGAUUCUUUAUUACCUUUUAAAUGUUUUAGCUGUUUAAAAUAUAAUCAUUUUAUUUAAUAAUGUCCAUUACUUCAUUAUAUACCUGAAAAAGAAAAAAUAAUUAAAAGAAUAGUAUUUCCAACCUAAUAAAAUCGCCAGACUGUUAAACGAAGAGUUAAAUUAGUUAAUUUUUCAAGUAAAUCAUAAAUUCUUAAAGAAUUAUAAAAUGCCUCUGAAUAAAUUGUGAAUGAUAAUCCUGAAAUAUUAUAAUUGUAUGAUGUGGAAGAUAAUAUAUAACAAUUAAUUUAAUAAGAUAUAAAUUUAUAGUAGAAGGUAGAUUAGAAAUAAAAUAAAUUUUAAGCAAUAUUAAAAUAACAUUAAAUACUUGUAAAUAAUCAAAAGAACAAACUUAAAUCUGCAGUUGAAAAAAUUAAAUAAAACAAUUCGGAAGUGUUUUAGAAUUUACAUAUUAAUCUUAAUUGUUAUUAAAUGAAAAAGGAAUUAAUCAAUAAAAUUCUUGAAUUAAGAUUCAAUUGUAUCAAAAACCUAAAUUCAUUUAUAUUUCAAAAAGAAAUAAGUUUAAUAUAACAAUUAAUGUAUUAGUAGACUUUCGAUAAAUCUUAUGAAAUUUCUAUUUUUGAAACACCAGCUAACUUUAAAUAUUAUAAUCCUGAUUGGAAUUUUGAUAAUACAUGCAAAUUCAAACAAAAAAGAAAUCAGAAGUUGAUAAAGUAGUUGCUUUUUUAUUUCUUGUAUCCAUGUAAGAUUAUUGAUCAAUUUAAAAUUUAAUAGCUUAAUUGUUAUUCAAUUAAAGAGCAAGGAUAAUGA